AUGGAAUGGAUUUCACAUCUGGAGAACGAUGACGAUGUGCUGGAAAUCGAGGACUACAAGGUGCGCAAGGACGCGCUGCUGAUCGCCAUUCAAGUAACCCAGAACGCCAUUAACAACGGAACUCUUCAUAAGGCCUUGGAGGCAGCCUUCGAUGCUGUGACUGACAGAAUCGUCAUAUCGCCGCAAGAUUACACCGGCGUUAUGCUGUUCGGUGCCUCCAUGCAGUCUGAGGACGACGGUGACGAGUUCGAUGAUGAGUCAGAUACACAUUUCAUUCUCAAGCUGGGCCUUCCUACCGCUGCUCAGAUCAAACGACUCAAACGACUGGCAGAGGACCCUGAUCUGGGUGAGAGGUUCAAGGUGCAGGAAGAGCCUCACCUGAUGGACGUGUUUUUCGACAUGAACCGCCAUUUUAUCAACAUGGCACCCAACUUCGCGUCCAGACGAAUCAUCUAUAUCACAGACGACGAUACCCCCACGACGAAUGAGGACGAUAUCAACAAGACACGAGUUCGAAUUGAGGAUCUAAGCCAUCUCAAGGUGAAGGUCGAGCCUCUUUUGAUCAACCCUUCGGAAGACAAGACGUUCGACUCCUCCAAAUUCUACGCUCUUGUGUUCAACGAAGACACAUCUGUGGAGCCGGUUGAGGCGAUCGAUUUGAAGCAGUUUAUCAACAAAAGAAACGUGCUCAAUCGAUCACUGUUCAAUGUCAAAAUGGAAAUCGGAGAAGGUCUUGUUGUCGGAGUAAGAGGAUACCUUCUUUAUGCGGAACAAAAGGCUACUUCAACAACCCGAAAGGCCUGGGUUUACACUGGAGGUGAGAAACCCGAGAUUGCCAAAUUAGAAUCGCAGGCCGUCACUAUUGAAAGUGGCAGAAGCGUGGACAAGGCAGAUCUGAGAAAGACUUUCAAGUUUGGAAAUGACUAUGUUCCUUUCACAGAAGAACAGCUGACGCAAAUCCGGUACUUUGGAGAGCCAAUUAUUCGAAUUCUCGGCUUCCACAAUUCCUCGGACUUCUCCGAGCUCUUCAUCCACAGUGUCCGAUCGUCAAUGUUCCUAUAUCCCACUGAUGAGAAGCUUGUGGGUUCGAUUCGAGCCUUUUCAGCACUCUAUCAGAGUCUCAAGAACAAGGAUAAGAUGGCUCUGGCCUGGGUUAUUGUCCGCAAGGGCGCCAAACCUAUUCUGGCUCUUCUUAUUCCUUCAACUAAGGAGAUCGAAGGUCUUCAUAUGGUCUUCUUGCCUUUUACAGAUGAUAUUCGACAAGAACCAAAGACUGAACUUGUGUCUGCCGCCCCUGAGCUCGUGGACGCAACCAAGAAUAUUUUCACUCGUCUACGCAUGCCUGGCGGAUUUGAGUCGCAAAGAUACCCCAACCCCCGUCUACAGUGGCAUUACCGAGUUGUACGAGCCAUGGCCCUUCAGGAGGAGGUUCCCAAGGUACCCGAAGACAAGACGACACCAAAGUAUCGGUCUAUUGAUACUCGAGUUGGUGAUGCCAUCGAGGAAUGGAACAAGGUGUUGCAGAGCAGCUCCAAGCGACCUGCGGAGGAUAUCUGUAAGGCUGAGAAGAAAGUCAAGAGUUCUGACGCGGGCCCUCCGUCCAACGAGCAAAUGCAAAAUAUGGUUGAGAAUGACAUUGUCGGCAAGCUGACCGUCGCAGAACUCAGGGCUUGGGGUGCUGCUAACAAUGUUGAGCCCAAUGGUAGCAAGUUGAAGAAGGACUGGGUUGAGGUGGUCAAAAAGUACUAUGGGAAGUGA